UACUGAACAGAGGAAACAGUUUCAGGGUUCCUGAUGUAAUGAAGGACGAUUUGCAGAGGAAAAUGUGACAGAGGAUGAGAUGGACGUAGAUGAUCUGCUGCAUAAAAGGCGUCUUGCUUGCAAGGUUUGUUCCCGGGUGAAUGGAUGUCGCGUCAGGGUCAGGAUGCUGAUGGUCUGUAAAAUCAUCCCCGUCUUUUGAUAGCGACCCUCCCUCCGGAGUUUCAUGUGUCGUCGGGACCAAACACACACCGACGUUACAGCAGAACCUCUCAGGUCUAAAAGAUUGAUGAGGCCUGGUCUCUGCAGAGGACGCCUGGCUCCCAGUCGAUAAGGCGGCUUUCUUCUUCUCUGCCUUUAUUUCCGGGUCCUGGGGGAGGAUCGGGACAGGCGAAGGCCUUCCGGGCCUUUCAGACCAGAGGAGUCAUGACUUUCCUCCCGUGUUCUGCCUCCGCUUCCUUACGCUUCUCCUGGCUUAGCGUCGGUUUGGGAGAAAUGGGAGUCGGCAUGCCGCCGUCGGGCUGCCGGAGCUGGAACCGGGUGAAGACACAGAGGGAGCAGAGCUGAACCCAAACGACCUCAGCAAACAGAGCUCCACGCUGGACAAUGUGCAACAUCUCCUUCUGUAAUGUGGACAGUAAGGUGGACCAGUUCUUCCAGCCCACUCUGUACAUCAUAGUCAUCGUUCUGGGGCUUCCCACCAACUGCAUGGCUCUGUGGGCCGCGUACAUGCAGGUACGUCAGCGUAACGAACUCGGCAUUUAUCUGAUCAACCUGUCGGUGGCCGACCUCCUCUACAUCAUCACUCUUCCUCUGUGGAUCGACUACUUCCUGCAGCACGACGACUGGAUCCAUGGGCAGGAGAGCUGCAAACUGUUCGGCUUCAUCUUCUACACAAACAUCUACGUCAGCAUUGCCUUCCUGUGCUGUAUAUCCCUGGACCGGUACCUGGCUGUGGCGUAUCCGAUGCGCUUCGUUAAGGUCCGGCGAAUCAAGACAGCCGUUUGCGUCAGUGCCAUCGUCUGGAUCAUUGAGAUUAUCGCCAACUCCGCUCCUCUCUUCCACGACGAACUCUUCCAGGACCGCUUCAACCACACCUUCUGCUUCGAGAAGUACCCGAUGCAGGACUGGGUGGCAGGAAUGAACCUCUACAGGACUUUCCUUGGUUUCCUGACGCCAUGGACAGCCAUGCUGGUCGCCUACAGAGGGAUCCUCGCCGCAGUGCGAUGCAACGUCUCCACGGAGCGCCAGGAGAAAGCCAAAAUCCAGCGGCUGGCCUUGAGUUUGAUUCUCAUUGUCCUGCUGUGCUUUGGACCGUACCACAUGCUGCUCUUGGUGCGCAGCGCCAUGUUUCUCAACAAGCCAUGCGACUGUAGCUCAGAGGAGACGCUGUUUGCUGCGUACCAUGUAGCGCUGGCGCUAACCAGCCUGAACUGUGUCGCUGACCCCAUUUUGUACUGCUUCGUCAACGAGGGUGCCAGGAACGACGUUAGCCGCGCCCUUUACGCCAUAAUGUCCUCAGCGUGCCAGAGGCGCUCGUCGUCCUCGCCGUCGCAUGCCGACAUACUCAACGCUGGCUCCGUCACGGUGGAGACACCUCUUUCGACAAAGAAGCCGUCGUGCGUGUACGCAGACGGGGGAAAGCCGAGCAGCUACAAGACUGAGCUGCUAGCCAUGAAGGAGGAAUGUCUGCAGAUGACCAUCCUGGCAGUUAAAAAGUGAAUUCUGGGAAACGGCAGACCGGUUCGCACCGUCAGGACCGGGGCGGAGUCAGAUGUAUUUGGUGGUGGUUGAUGGGAGGAGAACCGGGUUCCACUGAAACGCCAACAUGAGAUUCAUGAGAACGAAAGAAACAGCGUUCAACAUCUGAAACGGCUGCUGCUAGCCUGCUAGCGUAGCAGGAAGUCUGGCAACAUUCAUUGGAAGGAGUGUGCAAAAGACUGACAUGAACAUGAAGGAGUCUAAAUGUUUAUGGCUGUAAAUAAUGACAGGCGGUAAAUAAAGACACUUUAAAUACAAGCGUCCUUAUUUAACAAAUAAUCCAAAGCUGAUACUUUUAAUUGACUUCAAUUCAACUUUUAGUAAAACUUUGCCUUAAAAGUGUUAUUUUCUGAAUAAUGCAAAGAAGACACUUUUAAUGCAACUUUGCAUUAAAAUUUGAAUUAUUUUCCAAAGAAUUAAAAGUUAACAAUUUUAAUUGACUUUUAAUGCAAGUUUCUGCCUUUUUGCCUUAAAAGUUUAAUUAUUUGUAUUCCAUAUUGCAAAGUUGACACUUUUACUGGACUUUUUAUGCAGGUUUUAUUGCCAAUUUGCUAUAAAAGUGCAAUUAUUUCCCAAAUAAUGCAAAGUUAGCACUUUAUAAUGCAUUUUUAAUUCACCUUCUGGUAAAACCUUUCUUUAAAAUUUAAUUAUUUGCUGAAUAAUGCAAGUAUGACAUUUUCAUUAUUUACUUUCCAAAUAAUGCAAAGUUGACACUUUCAAUUGACUUUUAAUGCACCUUUUUCAUUAAAAAAUAACCUUAUUUUCAUAACAACAGUCUUACACAAUCAUGAAGACUCGUUCAUGUUAUUACAGUCAGUAUGUCAGUCUUUUGCAGACCCUUCACAAUAAAGCGUUGCCGCAGUCGGACCUGGAAGCAGGAGCAGACGGUUCGACUUUAAGUGGGUUUUUGCUUCUUCAACCAGACUGACUUUGAUUUCUUUAUUUUUUAAAAUUCAGUUUGUAAGCUGAGUUUUAGGGCUAUGACUUUCUAACCCGGCUCGACAUUUUGGUUCCCGGGCCGCUAGUUUUUCAAGCUGAAAUCAAUAUUUUUGACAUGCCAUCCAUUAACAUCGCAGCUUGUUUUCAUGAUUUUAUCCUGACUGCACAGGGAGAACAUGGUUGGCAAGUUAAAGUUAGAAACAUGAAGGGAAAUUAGAAGAUUUUAUACGUGAGUGGACCAAAACGUUAAUUCAUUCACUGGUGAUUUUUUUUUUCUCACUUGAUUAUAAAACAGUUAUGAUACUUACGCCUGUGAGUAUUAAACCAAAAAAUGUCAAAACAGAUCAUCUUCUGCAUCUCUGUGAAUUACUUUGCUGCACAGCUUUUGCAAACUGAUUCAUUUGUAAUCAUUUUGAAAUCAACCUUGUUGUUACAUUAUUUUUAAAAAAAUAAAAAAAUCCUGGUAAAGUACCUCAGAUUCAAAAAGAUUUUAGAGAGGAUGCAUUUAUGUCUGGAUCAUAAUUUAGAUAUUUUAGUUGAUUUGCAGCUGAAAUAUUUGAAUUUCCACGAGAUAACCUGAUUUGCAUGAACCGAUUUUUAAAGCGAGAGGACACAGGGACCUAAAGCACACAAACACAGCAGCAGCAUGUUUACCACAAACUGAUAAAAUCGUUCUUCUCUUGGGUCUGUAAUCUGAGUUUCUUUGCUUUUAGGUGAUGCAUCCAGUCGACUGCAUGCAAUAUAAGUUCUAGUAGUUUUCAACUAAACACACUUAGUGGCUUUUAAAAUAAAAAAACCCCACCAAACUGGCCAUAAAAUAGCUUGCCACAAACUCAUUGGAUGUGAUUAAUUUCUAUAAUCUGAUCGGCCCUGAGCUUUUCAUAAAGUACAGUAAUUUUAUUCUAAUACAACACUAGGCGCGUUACAAAAUUUGGUUAUUAUUAUCGAAGAAAAAACAAUUUGACAAUUGUCGUGUUUCCAUUAAAUUAAAAAUUCAAUAAAAAAUUAUGUGAAUAAGUUUGUUCACACAAUAAAAAGUAAAAAAAAAACAUUCAAGCUACCACUUCCUGUUGUCUUUUUUGUCGUUUCCACCAGUAGCAAAAUCCUGUUAAAUGAGGCAAAAAAAAAUUUCCAUUGCAGUUUUGCAUAUAAACUCAUUUCAAUACAACCCAUAAAAAAACCAACUCAUCCUAAUGCAACAACUUUUCAUUAAAAAGCAUAAAUUGUUGUUUUUCCAUUAAGUACAUUUAUUUUCAAAGUUCCAAUUUGCUCAAUCACAUGGAAACACAAUUACUGAUGCAUAUUUUCUUGCUGUCACCGUAAAUAACAGACAAUUUUAUCUGAUAAAAUAAAAAGUGAUUCAGUUCAAGGCAGAAAAUGCAGAAUUUUAUUUCCGAAGCAAAAAACUUACAAAAACUAAACCAUCUAUUUUACUUUGACAGUGCCUGACAAGUUUUUAUUUUCUAUUAUUUUAUUUUAAUAGAAAUUACAUAAGAGUGUAACGCUUAUUUUUCUCAAAAAUAAAAUAAAACAAGGGAUAAUAUUUAAAACAAUAUCAUCCUUGCUCCUUAUGCCAUAAUAUUUUCUGCAAUCUGUUUAAAUUGUCUCUUUAACCUCAUUCUGUUUGCAUCUUAAUGAUCUUCACAUUUCAAACAUAAGACGUCAUUCCUUCCGUGAAUGCAUAAUAAUUUAUUUUAUUUUAAGUGAUAAAAAAUAAUUAAUUAAUUAAAUUACCAUAAAAAAAUUAUGGUGGUAAAAACCACAGAAGUAUCGGUAAAGAUUACAAAAUUAGAAACAAAACAAAAAUUAAAACAGUUUUUCCAAAAAUAUUUUUAUAACUUUUGUUGUUUUCCUUUUCUCUGAGUAUUUUUGUUCCAUUUGAUUCAUGUUGAUGAUGUUUCAAUUAUUCAUCUGUUUACAUUGUUCAAUGCUUUGCCAAUAAAAAUAAAAUAAAAUAGUUUUUUAGAUGCUGUUUUUAUGAUUCCAGAAGAAUCAUAAAACUGUUUUAUGGAAACAAAAAGUUUCCAAAGUUGAACCUUUAACUACAAUUUGUCAAUAAAUAAAUAUUAAUAAUAAAAUUUCAGAUUCCAACAAUAAUGCUGCUUAUUUUUGGAAUCAGUUGUUUGAAAUGUUAGGUUUUAUUUUUGCAUAAUGUUGUUUGUGUCAUUAAAACAGAAGGUGACGACCUUUGUGAUGUCACAGUUAUUUAACUUGGGAGAAAUAAAUUAUGGCGAUGAAACUCUGCAGUGAUUUUUUAAAUUUUAUUUAUUUAUUAUAGUUUAUGAGGUUUAAUUUAUGAAACAUGUUUCAAAUGUAUGUUUUAAAUUAUUAUUUCUGAGAUUAAUCAAAAAAAUGAUUGAUUUUGUUUUUCAAUUUACUUAAUUUU